AUGUUACCCGUGUAUGAAAACGGAGAAUCUGGAAUGUCCUUUGAUGUUUUGUCAAGAUCUUCUGCCAUGAACCGAACAAGAUCCAACAACAUGGUGAGGAAUCUUCCGGAACACAUUCAGAUCCAAGGAAGCCCUGAUAGUGAAACUUCUGAUUGCAAAGUGUAUUACAACACAGACCUGAGAUCGUUUCUGCAUCAACUGGCACAGGACAGUGGUGAUAGGGGCUUCGAGAUACUGCCAAAGCAUAGAUUGACUCCACGAUGCAGUAUUAAGCGAAAUUCUGCACCUCCAGUCAUCGACGGAGCUACUCGAAAGAUGCUCUCGUGUUAUGCGGCAGUCAAAAGUCACCGUCGCAAGAGUUGCGAAUUUAAUCGUCGUGAUGGUGGUUGUGCUGAAACCUCAGAAGUCUUGGCUGCAACUGUCUUUGAUGACAAGUUCCUUGAAAGUGUCAUCGACGAGGUUGACAGUAUUCUCUACGAUGAUGCUGAUGAUGAUCUUGAAGACGAUGACAUCCAAUCCCAAUCUGGUUCUGCAUGA